AUGUCAGCCGGGACAGUGGUCAUCGCAGGAGGAAUUCUGGCUACAGAUCUACUGACCAUCGUCGCUGUACUGUGUUUAUGUAGGUUGCAGUAUUACUGCUGUAAGAGGGAGGAGUCUGAGAAGGGGGAAGAGGCGGAACCAGAGCUCGCCACCAUGUCUCCGUCCCGGCCUCUGGCUCUGUCCGCUCCCCCGACGCCGCCGACGCCGCAGCGCUACUGCGACGAACCGGACGACUACCCCCCCACCUUCCUCACCGAGGCCAACGGGCCGGCCAGCUACUCCCCCACGCCGCCGCCGCCGCCACGCAGGUGCCAGCGCUCGCACGCCUUCUGCCCGUCCUGCGCCCGCUGCUCGCUGCCCUUCUACCUGCAGCACCCGGAGAGGCUGUGCAACGGCGGCCGUAGGUUCAGCUACAGGACUGUGCAGCAGCAGGACCUGGAGCUGCCCAUGGACCUGGCCAGCUUCUACCAGAAGCUCAACCUCAUUCGCUCCGUCACCAUGAAGGAGGUGGUCACCCACAGCAUCAGCACCGACGUCUAG